UCUAUGGUCUUGCUUGCUUCUCCGCAGUGCUGCUGACGUGGGUGAAUUGCGCCAGCGUGCGCUGGGCCACGCGUGUCCAGGACAUCUUCACCGCUGGGAAGCUGCUGGCGCUGGGCUUGAUCAUUAUCAUGGGAAUUGUGCAAAUUUGCAAAGGUGAAUACUUUUGGCUGGAACCCAAAAACGCCUUCGAGUUCUUUCAGACGCCAAAUGUGGGGCUGGUCGCUCUGGCCUUCCUACAAGGCUCGUUUGCCUACGGGGGCUGGAACUUCCUCAACUACGUCACCGAAGAGUUGGUGGAUCCGUACAAGAACCUGCCUCGAGCUAUUUUUAUCUCCAUCCCCCUGGUAACCUUUGUCUACGUCUUCGCCAACGUGGCCUACGUCACUGCCAUGUCUCCCCAGGAGCUUCUGGCUUCCAACGCCGUUGCGGUGACAUUUGGGGAGAAACUCUUAGGAGUGAUGGCGUGGAUCAUGCCCAUCUCCGUUGCCCUCUCCACCUUCGGAGGCGUCAACGGCUCUCUCUUUACUUCCUCCAGGCUGUUUUUCGCCGGUGCCCGUGAAGGGCAUCUCCCCAGCGUCUUGGCGAUGAUUCAUGUCCGAAGGUGCACUCCGAUACCUGCUCUAGUUUUCACUUGUCUGUCCACUUUGCUUAUGCUGGUCACGAGUGACAUAUAUACGCUGAUCAAUUAUGUCGGUUUCAUCAACUACCUCUUCUACGGCGUGACAGUGGCUGGGCAAAUUGUGCUUCGCUGGCGCGAACCCCAUCGGUCUUAUCCGAUCAAGGUGAGCCUGUUCUUCCCUAUCAUCUACCUACUCUUCUGGGCGUUCCUGUUGGUCUUCAGCCUGUGGUCGGAACCGCUGGUGUGUGGCAUCGGGCUGGCCAUCAUGUUGACAGGGGUUCCCGUCUACUUCCUGGGCGUCCAUUGGGAGAACAAGCCCCCGGCCUUCCACACCUUGAUCAACGGAAUCACUCGGGUGGGACAGAAGCUCUGCGUGGUCGUGUACCCCAAGAUGGACGCCGGGGAGGUCGAGAACGCCCUCAGCAAAGAGACCAAAGAACAGCUGGAGCCCAUGUGCGGAAAGGAGAUGCUGGCCACGUCCCAGAAUUGAGCAGACGGAAGGAACAGCCAAACAUGGACUGCGCUGGUUUUUAGCCACUAGAAACGGUUCCGCCUGCCCCCUCGUUGGCCAGAGCUGGACCCGUUUGGGGGGGAGCGACACACCCCUCCCCAAAUGCACACACUCCUUCCCCCAGCUUCUUGCAGGGUCUGGGGUCCACACACACCCCCAAUCCUCGCCUGCAGUGCCUCCCACUGGGGCAGAGACGGAUGGGGCAACCCUUAAGAGCUGGAGCCCCAAUUCCUGUCUCUUGCCCCACACUUUGGAAAAGCGUCCUUUGUUGCUGCCUUAUAUUUUGGGGAUGGGGAUAUUUUAAGGGGUGGUGGUGGGACCUCAGCUCUCCCGGGAGCAUCCGCUCCUGCAAUCGGUGCCCUCGUAUAUUCCAGGUUUCUUCAUUCUUUCUCUCUCUCUCUCUCUCUCUCUCUCUCUCUUCUUUUGUUUUCCAUUUUGUUUUGGAUGUCGUCAAUUAAACGCCACUGCCAUCCGGA